GUCGCCGCUAGGUUCCGAGCUCCUUCUUUCUUACCUGUGCCACGACUAUUCCGGCUUCCAUUCGACACUUACACCUCGGGCCUCUUAAAAAAAAAAAUUUUUUUUUUUGUUUUUAGUAAAAAAAAACCCGUUCUUUUUAAAACGUCUCUAACUCGCGAUGAUACAACAGAACUGCCGCCGAUGAGCGACAUUUUUUACAAUAACAAGAACGUACCGUUUAGACCACCAAGUGUUCAGGAAUCAAAUAAUAACAGAAGAGUUUUGUGGUGUGUCAACUCGGUGAGAGCACGGGACAAAUUUUUUUUUUUUUUUUGUCCGGAGUGUUCUUGUAAGGCAUGAAGUUAGUGACUACUAGUUGGUCGUGGGCUUGUAUAAGAUCACUGGCCUUAGUGAUUUAUCUCUUGACCUUGGUAACAUCACAGAAGGUAAAAGAUGAUGAUCAAAUACGAAUGUACACUCAUACAGAAAAGCAGCGAUAUGAUGGUUGGUACAAUAACCUAGGUCAUCCAGAUUGGGGCUCUGUUGAGAGUCAGCUGACAAGAAAGACGCCGGCAUACUAUUCAGAUGGAGUUUACAUGUUGGCUGGCAUGGACAGGCCAAGCCCCAGGAAGUUAAGUCAAGCUCUGAUGCGAGGAGAAGAUGGUUUACCUUCCCUUAGAAAUUUAACAGCACUUUUUACAUUUUUUGGUCAGGUUGUGACGUCUGAAAUCUUGAUGGCUAGUGAGGCGGGAUGCCCGAUCGAGUUACACAAGAUAGAAAUCGAUACGUGUGAUGAUACUUACGACAAGUCCUGUAGGGGGCACAAGUUUAUGCCCUUCCAUAGAGCUUUGUAUGAUUCCAAAACAGGACAGUCGCCAAACAGUCCAAGAGAGCAGUUGAACCAAAUGACGAGUUGGAUCGAUGGGAGUUUCGUUUACAGUACGAGUGAGGCUUGGGUGAAUAGUAUGAGAUCUUUUGAAAAUGGGACACUCAUAUCUGAUUCAAGUGGUCAAUUCCCUCCAAGGAACUAUGCAAGGGCGCCCCUCAUCAACUUUCCUCCUGCAAGAUAUUUGGGGACGUUGAGCCCUGAACGGAUGUUCUUAUUGGGAGAUCCAAGGUCUAACCAGAAUCCAGCUCUUCUAGCAUUUGGUAUUGUGUUUUUCCGAUGGCAUAAUGUUAUGGCGAAGAGGAUUCAAGAUGAACAUCCUGACUGGUCUGACGAAGAUGUUUUCGAAAGAGCAAGAAGAUGGGUCAUUGCUUCUUUGCAGAAUAUUAUCCUUUAUGAAUACGUCCCAACACUACUGGAAGAAGAAAUUUCCCCUUACAAAGGAUACAAGCCGGAUGUCCACCCUGGAAUCAGUCACGUCUUCCAGAGUGCCGCUUUCAGAUUUGCCCAUACCAUGAUACCACCCGGACUUUAUCGAAGAGAUGGAAACUGUAACUUUAAAAAUACCAUAAGUGGAUACCCAGCCAUUCGUCUCUGCUCGACGUGGUGGAAUUCUGAGGAAGUUCUUCUCGAGUCUGGAGUGGAGGAGCUCUUGAUGGGUAUGGCAUCUCAAGUAUCGGAGAGGGAAGACGCUAUCCUUUGUAGCGAUGUCCGAGAUAAAUUAUUCGGUCCCAUGGACUUCACAAGACGAGAUUUGGCAGCUUUAAACAUUAUGCGUGGACGAGACAAUGGGUUGCCCGAUUAUAAUACAGUUCGCCAUUACUUCCAGCUACCAGUUCUGGGCAAUUGGUCUGAAAUCAAUCCUAAAUUGUAUGAGCUAAAACCAGAGAUGUUCGAAGCACUAAAUAAGGCUUAUGAUGGUAACAUGGAAAACAUUGACUUAUACAUAGGAGGCAUGUUGGAAACAGAACUUGAUGGUCGACCAGGACCAUUAUUCAGAAGAAUCAUCAAAGAGCAGUUUGAGCGAUUGAGGGAUGCUGACCGCUUUUGGUUUGAGAACACAGCCAACGGUAUUUUUACAGAAUCAGAAAUCGAAGAGAUAAAAAAACUGAAGUUACGAGAUGUGCUGAUUCACGCUACUGGUAUUAAAGACCCAGAUGUACAGAAAAAUAUUUUCUUUUGGAAAGAAGGGGAUAUAUGCCCCCAACCUGCUCAGCUCAACGGAUCCAUGAUGGAGCCAUGUCUUAUGCUUGAUGGCUAUGAUUAUUUCCACGGAAACGAAGUGGCGUACAUCUAUUCUUGUAUUAUCCUAGCUUUUAUCCCCAUCGUGUGCGCUGGUAUGGGCUAUGGUGUUAUAAAACUUCAGAAUAAACGUCGCCGAGAAAUAAAACUGAAGAAAGAUGCGAAUACAGACAAAAACUUUGAUAAACUGUAUGUGAAAGAGUGGCUGCACCAGAACCACAAACGAUGCGUCAAAGUCAAGAUAGGACCCGAUGAAAUAAUUUCGACCGUCAAUCGCAAGGGAGAAGUCUUGCGGAAGAUAGAUUUCAAGUCGGUUAAUGUUCUUGUAGUAGAAGUAACGAGAGACACUCAUAAAAAGCCCAUGCUACUUAUUAGAUCACCAAGAGAUCAUGAUUUGGUUCUUCAAUUCGAAAACCAGCAGGGCAGAAAAAAAUUCUUACACAAGCUCGAAAACUUCCUGGUUAGUCGAAACAAGACGCUUGAGACAAUACAGAUGAACAGAGAAGCCAUGCUGGCCAAUGCCGAAACCAAAGAAAAGAGACAGAAAAGGCUAGAACACUUUUUCAGGGAAGCCUAUGCAUUGACUUUCGGCUUGAAGCCAGGAGAAAGAAGAAAACUAGAGGACAUCGGCAGUGAUAUCAUCAUGGUAAUGCGAACGUCACUGUCCAAAAAUGAAUUCGCCGAUGCCCUGGGCAUGAAACCUGAUUCAUUAUUCGUCAAAAGAAUGUUUAACUGUGUUGAUAAGGAUAAAGAUGGUCAGAUAAGUUUCCAAGAAUUUUUGGACACCGUGGACUUAUUCUCUAGAGGUAAAACUGAAGCCAAACUACGAGUUAUUUUUGAUAUGUGUGACGAUGAUGGAAACGGUGUUAUCGACAAACAAGAACUAACGAAAAUGCUGAGAUCCCUAGUAGACAUUGCCAAGACGAACUCUCUGGGAGAGGAUCAGGUGAUGGAACUCAUUAAAGGAAUGUUUGGAACUGCAGGCUUGGACUCUAAAGAUAAAUUGAACUAUGAUGAUUUUAAGGUGUUGAUGAAGGAAUUCAAAGGAGAUUUUAUUGCUAUUGGGCUAGAUUGCAAAGGAGCGAAGCAAAAUUUCUUGGAUACUUCAACUAAUGUUGCAAGGAUGACAAGUUUCCAAAUUAAUCAUCACCAAGAAGAGAGAAAAAAUUAUUGGCGGAUGAAAUAUAAUCACAUAGCAACAUUCUUGGAAGAAUAUAGGCAGCAUAUUUUCUACCUUUUUGUGUUCUACGUCAUUAAUGUUGUUUUAUUUUUAGAAAGAUUUAUCUAUUAUAGUUAUUUUACGGAACAUAUGGACCUGCGUCACGUGAUGGGUGUAGGAAUUGCCUUCACGCGGGGUUCUGCAGCUGCUCUCUCCUUCUGUUACUCCGUCCUGCUUCUAACCAUGUGCCGGAACCUCAUCACGAAAAUCCGAGAGACAUCGUUACAGCAGUUCAUUCCCCUCGAUUCACAUGUCCAGUUUCAUAAAAUCGUCGCUCUUACAGCUCUGUUCUUCACGGUUGUUCACAGUGUAGGACACUACAUCAAUUUUUAUCAUGUCUCCACUCAACCUCUGGAUCACCUUCGAUGUUUAACACAAGAAAUGCAAUUUGAGUCUGAUUUCAAGCCCACCAUUGCAUUCUGGCUUUUUCGAACGGUGACCGGAAUCACAGGUGUCUUACUUUUCAUAAUCGUGUGUAUUAUAUUUAUAUUUGCCCAUCCCAAGAUCCGCCAAAAAGCUUACAGUUAUUUUUGGACUACCCACAGUCUGUAUAUUUUGCUGUACAUACUCUGUCUUAUUCAUGGUUUAGCUAAGCUUACUGGUAACCCUCGAUUUUGGAUGUUUUUCGUUGGGCCCGCUAUUGUUUUCACUUUAGACAAAAUUAUCAGUCUGCAAACCAAAUAUAUGGAGCUGGAAAUAAUAGAAACAGAAUUGUUGCCUUCAGAUGUAACGAAGGUAAAAUUCGCCCGGCCACCGAAUUUCAAAUACCUGUCCGGUCAAUGGAUCCGGCUGAGUUGUACAGCUUUCCGAAAUGCCGAGUACCAUUCUCUGACACUGACUUCAGCGCCUCAUGAGAAUUACUUAUCUGUGCACGUCAAAGCUCAGGGUCCAUGGACGUGGAAACUGAGAAAUUACUUCGAUCCAAAUAAUCUAAGUGAUGGACCUCUUCCAAAAGUCCGCCUGGAAGGUCCUUAUGGUGGAGGCAAUCAAGACUGGUACAAGUUCGAAGUUGCUAUCAUGGUCGGGGGCGGAAUAGGCGUUACGCCUUAUGCCUCGAUCCUUAACGACCUCGUUUUUGGUACCUCUACUAACAGAUAUUCUGGAGUAGCUUGCAAAAAGGUUUACUUCCUGUGGAUUUGUCCCUCCCACAGGCAUUUCGAGUGGUUCAUCGAUGUGCUGCGAGACGUUGAAAGAAAAGAUGUCACAAACGUUCUCGAAGUUCAUAUCUUCAUCACGCAAUUCUUCCACAAGUUCGAUUUGAGGACUACUAUGCUGUACAUUUGUGAAACUCACUUCCAGAGAAUAUCAAAUUGCAGCAUGUUCACGGGACUUAAAGCUGUUAACCACUUUGGAAGGCCAGAUAUGACAGCGUUCCUCAAAUUUGUGCAGCAGCAACAUACCUAUGUCAGUAAAGUCGGCGUUUUCAGCUGUGGACCCUCUGCUAUGACGAAGAACAUAACGAAAGCCUGUGAAACUGUGAAUAAGAACCGAAAACUGCCUUACUUCAUACACCACUUUGAGAACUUUUAACAAAAUCCUCGAGAAAGUGGAAAAAAUUCCAUUCAGUCAAUGCUGAUUAUGAGUGCUUUCAAGUCCUAUUGAAAGCAAUAAGCCAAAAAGGAAGACAUUUACUGCAUACGAACGUUUGUAAAUAUGAAUAUGGAUUAGAAAUGUAAGCUUCGAGUGUAAUUUUGAGUAUUUGGCAGAAAAUGGGAAAAUAAGAUAGUCCGCCAAAAGUCUCGCCAGAUUUGAAUUUGGUGAGGAAAUUAUUGGCUAUGUUUUACGCCUUUGAUAAGAAAUGUUAAUAUGCGAGACACCAUGCAGCAUUUUUCUAUGUGAUGAUGAAUGCGUUUUUGUCAUGAACAUUUUUUCAAAUCGUGCUGGGAAUUUUAGUAUUUAAUGACAGUUUUACAAAGAUGCAGUAGUAUUUUUCAUAACAAACUUUGGUGCUAUUGGGAAGUUUAUAUUUUCUCGUUAAGGCUUUCCAAAUCCGAAUUGUUACAUUCAAUACGUGCUUAAAGUCGUUGGGAAUAUGAAAUACGAAGUUUUUAAAGGAAGCAUAUAGUCAUUUCUAUGUGGAAUAAAAUUUAUAAAUACAUUGCAGAAAUGUUAAUUGAAGAAUGAAUUUUUAUGUUAUUGCUUUUAAAUAUUUAUAGCAGUCUACUAUGAUAGUUAAAAAUGUUGCAUAAUUUAGAUAAAUUUUAAUGUUACUAAAUUAUAUUGUAGAUUAUUGUUUUCAUGCUUGCCAAGUUAUGUGUUUUAAAAAUUUUAUACGAAACCAGUUGUUUUACAUUUAAAAAUUAAAAUAUAUAUUGAGCUCA